AUAGGAAGUCUUGAGGAUCAUUAUCAUUUUCACCACAGCAAAGUGGUUCGCAGGGCUGCUUACUCUCUGAAAGGACCCCACAGCUUCAUCCACAUGGAUCCCAAGGUGGACUGGGCCCAACAGCAGGUAGUCAAGCCCAGAGUGAAGCGCUCCGUCCAAAGUGACCCAAACUUCACUUACUUUAAUGACCCAAAAUGGUCCAACAUGUGGUACAUUCAUUGCAAUGACAGGACCAGCCGGUGUCGCUCAGAGAUGAACAUUCUGGCAGCCUGGCAAAGAGGAUUCACGGGCAAAAACGUGGUGGUCACCAUACUGGAUGACGGCAUUGAGAGGAACCACCCUGAUCUCAUUCAAAACUUUGACCAUCUUGCGAGCUAUGAUGUGAAUGGGAAUGACUACGAUCCUACACCACGUUAUGAUUCCCGCAAUGAAAACAUACACGGGACUCGGUGUGCUGGUGAAGUGGCAGCAGCGGCCAACAACUCCCAUUGCAUCGUUGGAGUUGCCUACAAUGCUCGCAUUGGAGGGAUUCGAAUGCUGGAUGGGGAUGUGACUGAUAUCGUGGAGGCCAAGUCUUUGGGAAUUCGACCUGACUACAUCCACGUCUACAGCGCCAGCUGGGGACCAAAAGAUGACGGCAGGACAGUUGAUGGUCCGGGACCCUUAACUAAGCAGGCUUUUGAGCAAGGCAUCAAGAAGGGCCGCAAAGGCCUGGGGUCCAUAUUUGUCUGGGCAGCAGGUAAUGGAGGGCGGCAGGGCGAUCACUGCUCAUGUGACGGCUACACCAGCAGCAUCUACACCAUCUCUGUCUCCAGCACUACGGAGAAGGGAAACAAGCCCUGGUACCUGGAGGUGUGUAGCUCCAUCAUGGCCACAACCUACAGCAGCGGAGAGUUUCACGAGCGGAAGAUCGUAACCACAGAUAUCGGGCAUCGCUGCACUGAGGGUCACACAGGCACGUCUGUCUCUGCUCCCAUUGUGGCUGGAAUCAUAGCUCUCGCCCUGGAGGCAAACAUUUUGCUCACCUGGAGGGAUGUACAGCACUUGCUAGUGAAGACCUCCAGACCAUCCCACCUGAAAGCUGAUGACUGGAAGACCAAUGCUGCUGGACACAGAGUCAGUCACCUGUAUGGUUUUGGCCUGGUGGAUGCAGAGGCCAUGGUUCUGGAGGCCAUGAAGUGGAGGACUGUUCCUCCUCAGCACACCUGCAGUCAGACGCCCGAGCGCCGAACCAGGCACAUCCAUGCUGGUCAGAGCCUGAACAGCAGCAUCAGCAUCUCUGGAUGCUCAGAAGAACCAGAGCAGCAUGUGGAUUACCUUGAGCAUGUGGUGGUCAGGGUGUUUAUUGUUCACCCACGACGAGGAGACCUGGAGAUCAACCUCAUCUCUCCAUCAGGCACACGCUCUCAGCUUCUGGCCAGGAGGUUGUUUGACAUCUCCAACGAGGGCUUCAGGGACUGGGAGUUUAUGACAGUUCAUUUUUGGGGUGAGCGAUCAGAGGGCAGGUGGACACUGGAGAUCACUGACUCACCUUCAAAGCUGCGUAACCCUGAGGUGCUGGGCAGCCUUAAAGAGUGGACUCUGAUCCUUUAUGGUACGUCUCAAAACCCAUACCAGCAGCACUCUGUUCCGCUCUCCUACUCGAAAACAUUGGAGAACACYGAGGUCGUGGAAGUGCCAGAGCUCCAGGAAGAAGAGGAGGAACAAGAGUACAAUGGGCCAUGCCACAGUGAAUGUGCAGACCAGGGCUGUGAUGGACCCAACACUGAACACUGUCUCAACUGUGUCCACUUCAGUUUGGGCAACUUAAAAACUGGCAGAACCUGUGUGAGCCACUGUCCUCUGGGACACUACGAGAACACAUCGUCUCGUCGGUGUGGACGCUGCCAUAAAGGCUGUGAGAGAUGUGUUGGCCCGUCUGCUGGUGACUGUCUCUCCUGCAGGAGAGGCCUGUACCUCAAUACACUCAACUCCAGCUGCACCAGAACCUGCCCCUCAGGUUACUUUGCAGAUGAGAAUCAAAGACAGUGUGUAAUGUGUCAUGACACCUGUGCAACAUGUCAGCGACAGGCAGACAAAUGUACCGCCUGCAGCAAAGGCUACAGUCUGGCAGGGAUGACUUGUGUUCCUGAGUGCAACAACGGAACCUUCUUCCAUCUGGAGGAGAUGUCCUGCAGCCCUUGUCAUUCGUCUUGUAAAACGUGCACAGGGCCGGCUGAGGAGGAGUGCAUUCAGUGUGCUGAUGGCUAUGUGCAGCAGGAAUGGAAAUGUGUACAGGCCUGUGCUCCUGGAUACUACUCUGGAAAAACAGCAGGACUUCCUCACAAGAUUUGUCACAGGUGUGAAGAGAACUGUUUAAGCUGCACUGGUCCAGGAACAACGUGCACCAAAUGCAAAGCAGAAUACAUACUAGUCAGCAAGUCAUGCAUUAUGAAUUCACUGUGUAAUGAUGCUGAUAAGGUCUUCUGUGAGAUGGUGAGGUCCAACCGUCUGUGUGAGAGGAAGUUUUACAGACAGUUCUGCUGCCGCACCUGUAUGAUGAACAGAUGACACCACAGCCCAACACCUAUUAUUUCAUUUUUUAUUCCAUAUCCUUGCCACAAAAAGAGGCAAUUUUAAAUGUUGCAGGGCAGUCUGACUUAGAUUUUUUUAGAAAUGUGCUUUUAAAUCUAAUUGUACCAUUCAUCAAAACAGGACAUUUAUUUUAGAGUCUGAGGAAACUUCAACUCAUUUUCCUUCCAUUUUAUUUAAAGCAAGUUACAAUGUCUGAAAUGUGUGCAAACAUUUUGAACACAAGAGCUGGAUUAAACAUGGACUACACAAUAUUUUGCAGUUUUAAAUUUUCCAGUUUGCAGAUUUCUCUCACAUGUAGGAAGGAUUGGAACUGGCACACAGAAAUUUUAUAUUUGUGUAUUUUUUUUGAACCAAAACUGCUCAAAUGGUACAUCAAACACAAUUAAAUUGUCUAUUUUUAGUCAACUCAUUUAAACACAAUUCAAUAAAUAUAUUUUAAAAAGA